UUUUUUUUUUUUUCUUUUUUAGCUAAACUUAUCCCCAGCUGCCUGCACUCCAGAUUCAUUAAGGAGGCCCCAGAUCUUAUUGAGAGCACACUUGGUAAGUAUCAUUAGAUAGUAAGAUUUGCCGAAGCAGCAAGCGAUUGGGAUACAACGGAAAAAUGUGCUUCUUAUUUGCUCUUAAGAUGCCCUGGAGGAAUAUCCUUUAAUGAAGGACACGGUAGCCAGAUACUUUGGCCUAGUAUCUGGCUACCUGAUUGCGACCACCGGCCACCGAAAGGGGGUGCUCGUCAACCUGACUGUAAAAGCAGUCAGGGAGGCAAAGGCGCACCAGCUGGGCGGCAGGCUGGUCCACAUCUCAGACCACAAAACACGGCGCAAGUUUGGUCCAGCCACCCUUGCUCUGACUGAGCAGGAGUAUGGGUGGCUGGACCGCUACUUGAUUCAGAGACACAGGGUGGAUGGUGGCCUCAAGGCCACCACAUUCUUCCACACCUGGUCGGGGCAACCCCAUGUGAAGCUCCCAGACCUUUUUAAAACUGUCUGGGAGAGCAUGGGGCUUGGGGUUGCCCCGACUUUUAACCUGCUAAGAUCCUCCGUGGCCACAUAUACCAAAAGGGAGCUGGGCCGUAGGGCGUAUCAGCGUGUGGCCGCGCUCAUGUGCCACGACCCGAACACGGCCAUGAGGUUUUACCAUGCGGAGGACCCAGCAGAGGAGAUCCACAGUGGCCGUCAGAUGGCCAUCAGUGCAAUAAACAGCCAGGCACUGAAGGCUAAAAAAGCAGCUGAUGUCUCAGAUGACCCCCCUGAACGGAGAUUGAGACAAAAAAAUCCCCAAAGCAAACCAGUGGCUGAAGAAAGCUCUGAGGAGCAAGAGCUUAUCUCCAGCGCCUCGUCCGCAGACUGGGAGCCCACAAAUGAGGGCUGUCAGGAGGACGACUACUCCUCUGGAGAGGAGGAGGAGGAGGAGGAGCUGAUUGUGAGUGCACAGUUUCUUUUCUUCUUACCUUUGUAUGAGUCUCUACAGAAAAUAACAGCCUUGCUUCCCCUCGUGAAGUGCAUCAGUGACUCCAGUGACCCAGGGGAGGGGCCAUCUGGCUUCCAAAAGACCAGUCAAAGAGUAAGAGAUGUCUUCAUAAUUUCCAUUGCAUCCAUGAUUGGAUGGUCUCUUCUUGAAAUCAAUCACCUACUGUCACAAACGCCCCAACACACACACACACCAUAGCAAACAGUCAUACACAAUCACAUCCAGUCAUACACAACCAAACAUUAUAUCACACAAUUUCACACACUGACACACACACACACCCACACACAAUCACACAGUCACACGCAGUGACACACAAUAAAACACAGUCACAUACAAUCACAGACAAUCAAACACAAUUAAACACAGUCAGACAAAUGGUACACACAGUCACACAUAGCCACACACACUCACAGUCACACACAGUAUCACACAAACACUCCCAAACAAUCACAAAAUGUCACUCACACGCAGACAGGAUUAAAGACAAUCACACACAAUAACACACAUUCACAUGCAGUUUCACUCAAUCACAAACAAUCACACACAGUCACUGACAGUAACAAACAGUCAUACACAAUCACACCCAGUCUCACACAAUCACACAUCCAGACUCGAUCACACAAUUUUAUACAUAACUACAGACAAUCACACAGUCACACGCAAUCACACACAGUCAAACACAGUCACAUACAAUCAAACACAGUCACGGGACAAUCACACAUUCAUUAUCGCAGUAGCACAUUAUCAGAAACAGUGUCAUGACAUCAAAGUCACAGACAAUCACACAAAAUUACAUACAGUCAAAGUCACACACAAUCACACACAGAAACACUCACACAGUAUUAAAGACAAUCAUACACAGUAACACAUUCACACGCAGUCUCACUCAAUCACCCACUGCCAAACACACACCCACAUAUGAUAACAAACAAUCAAACACAAUCACGCACUGUCACACACAGUCAAGCACAGUCACACACAAUCACACGCAGUUACACACAGUAACAAACAAUCAUGCACAAUCAC